AUGAGUUCGAGAAUUCCAUGUUCAGUUCCUAGGCUUCCAAUUUUGUCGUCCGACGACUUGGAAAGCAUUUUAGAACAAUGGCAAUAUAGUGAAGAUAGCUUAGAUUUCUCAGACGACGAUGAUGUAGCUGAUCCAUCGUACGUAUUGGAGGUAAAUGAACAAAAUUUACGUCAAGAGUCAGAUGAGGAGCCCGAAGUUCCCUACCUAGGAGAUCAGGACGAUAACAUCUUGAUAACGAACUCUGAGGCUAAUACCAGCGCUUCAGCUCAACCAUGUAAGACCAGCUCCGAAAUUGGAACCACACCACGAAGCACAUGUGUUCCUAAAACAAGUAUCAUAUGGAAAACUAAAAACUUAGAUCUGAAUGAAGACCAGAUGAGGUUUCGGGGAUCUUCCAAGUUACCAAAUGAAACACUGGAAUUGAAGACGCCUUAUCAUGUAUUUUCUUAUUUAUUCACUGACGACAUUGUGGUUCUGAUUAGAGAUGAAACUAACCUGUACAACGUGCAAAAAGAUGCCGAUAAAUCUAUAAACGUCACAAGCCAGGAAAUAAGGGAGUUUGUUGGAAUUACUCACUUCAUGUCCAUAGUUCAUCUGCCUAAUGUGCGAAUGUACUGGUCAGAGAAAUAUGGCUAUGCCCACAUACGCGAGAAGAUGCCGCUAAAACGGUUCGAGUUUUUGAGGCAAGUACUACACUUCAAUGAUAAUUCUAAAAUGCUACCAUAUGGUCAGCCAAACUCUGAUAGUCUGUAUAAAAUCAGACCCAUAAUACAAAAACUGAACCGUAAUUUUGGAAAAGUACCACUACAAUAA